AUGGCUAAUGCAAGGCUCAAAAGAGCUCGUCAGUCUCGGGAAGAACGCGCUUCAUCACGGCAUGGCCCUGCUGCAUCUGAAGAGCCUUCAGUUCCUACAUUUACUCGGAGAUCCAGAGGAAAGAAAACAACCGUGUUGCCUGGUGACGAUGCAAAUGCAGCUGAGCUUCUUAUGAACCUGUCUCAUCCACCAAAGUCAAAUGAAGUUCUUGAAAGAGAGAAAGAGGAGCAAUUGCAAAGUUGGAUUGAUGGAGAAAUUGACCGUCAUACCCAACCAAAGACGAUCACCAAAGGUGUGUGUGCAGUUGCGCUUUCAAUUUCUGCCAGUGACAUUCAAUCUAAAGAAGCUUCUUCCCUUUCAAAUAUAAGUCUAUCAGAGGCUUCCGAUUUAUCUGAAGGACUGGAUGCCACUCCUGCAACAAUGAAUGUAUCCCAAAAAAAGUCUCAUUUGAAACGCAAAGCUGCUGUACUCAUCAGAAGUGACAGUGACAACGAAGACCUUGAUUCUGACCCAGGUACUUUUGACAUCAAGUACGAGGUCACACUUGGCAAGAAAGCUUGUGUCGACUGUGUUCUUGACAACAACACAACUUUCUCGGUUUUCCGUCAAAGAAUCGCUUCUGAGAUGGGUAUUCCUCUGCAACAGUUAUCUGCAUUAGGCUACAUUGCCUCGUUCUGGCCCCGAAGUCCCAAGCCUGUGCCAAAACUUGUUGAUACAGAUGCUCAAUACGAAGAUAUGGUGGACAUAUUGGAAGAGUAUAUGAAGGUCGAAUACACAAAGCACGGCAAGCCCAAGAAGAAGAAGGCAUUUAGCGUCAUUCUUAUAGAUACAGGUGGUGAGAGUGACGGGAAAAAGAGUAGUAAAGCAAAAUCACACGACAAUGAAGGACCAGCACUCGAGAAUAACGCUGAUGAGCAGGAGGUUCUAAUUAUGAGGCAAAUUGUGAAGAACUUCUUAUGUGCUGAGCAUCCAAAAAAGGCAUGCUAUGUGACCACCAAUGGUCCGCAUUAUGCUUUUACUGCAGGAGAUCUUUCAAUCUGGGCUGGAUUAGUACGUAAACAUGAAGCAGUCCUCAAAACACCUCCCGAAGUAAUUCUUCAAGGUAUUGGUGAGAAAGCAGUCAAGCAAGGAAAAUAUGGAGUGGGACAGGCAUCUACUGCAUAUGGUGCUCCUCCCCAUUGGGGCUAUGGUUAUCCGCCUCCGCCUCCACCUCCUCUGGGAUAUUACACUACUCCUACUUAUCCUGGUCAUUAUUCGAACAUUCCUGCUCCCAAUCCUGUUCCUGUAGCCUUCUCAUCUCCUCCAUCUUCACCUCAAAAGCCUGCUGAAUUUCCUCAUGUCAACAACUGGUUGGCAAAGUUGGAUAGUGAUGAGUACCGGGGGAGGGAUAAUCAUAACUAUAUUCAGUUUGCAACUAUCUUCGCACAUGAGGAGCUUACCCGUCUCGAUGAUUUACAUCUGAUAGGCAGUGCAGAUAAGUUGCGGACACUCCUUGCCUGCAACUUAGGCAACACAAACCGUUUGUGGAAGUAUAUUGUUGAUGAUAUGGACUCAAUUACCAGUGGUGGGAGGUCCUCCAAAAAGCGUCAAACGGCCUAG